AUGGAUUCCGGCUCCCAUAAGAUCUAUCAUAUACAUGGAUUUGAUUCCAGACAAUUACUGGAGGAUUAUUUUUCAGAUAAACCUGAUAUGGUCUUUGAAGAGGAUGCCUUGAUGUUUCCCAUUGAAAAUCUUACAAAAACAUUCACAGAAGGCCACAUUAAAGGAGAUGUCCUGAUUGACCUUAGCCUAGGUUCCUUGGUUCAUCAUCUGUAUUCGGCCUGUGAGUUUUUCCGACACAUCAUAGUCCUGAAGGUCAGUGACAGAUGCAUAAUGGAGCUGAAGAGAUGGCUGGACUCACGGACAGGAGCAUUCAAUUGGGGACAUGCUGCAAAACUUCAUUUAGAGAAAGAGGGAAAGAGCGACCAGUUAGAAGACACAGAAGGAAAAGUGAGAUCAGCCGUUCUACAUGUCCUAAAAUGUGACCUUGAGAAGGAAAACAUAACACAUCCGAUAGUCUUACCCCCAGCAGAUUGUAUCAUCAGCGCUUGGCUCCUAGAGUAUACCAGCAAAGACCAAGAUGAUUACAGGAGAUAUAUCAGGAAGUUCUCAAGGAUGCUAAAACCUAGAGGACACCUGAUAAUAACUGGGAGCUUGAAUACAACAUAUGUAAUAGUUGGGAAAGACAAGAUCCAUUGUUUAAGAUAUGAUGAGGAUUUUGCCAAGAAGGUUCUUUUCGAAGAGGACUUUAUUGUUGACUACUGUAAGGUUAAGAAGAGAACGGCUGUGAGUGACCUUACUGACUACAAGGCCGUCAUAUUCAUUGCAGCUCACAAGAAGAAGUAG